GUGAUUUAUCAUCGAACAAUCUAAAAAUUAAUUCGUUCGCUGAACAUUUUCGAAGAGAAAUGUAAAAGUUUAUGGCAACAGUACAACGGAACGAUUCAUACGGUGCAAGUAAUUUUCGUUUGAAACGAUUUUGACAAACAUUUCAAACGAAGAGGGACAUUUUCAACUUUGACCCCUGACGAAUUGAAUGAGUUUUCUGCAAAAUGGCAGCAUCAAUACCUUCUGCGGUGUCAGCACCCUCAUUGGGUCAAAAACGCAGGGCAUCUUUGAAGAAGAAAGAAAGAAGAAAACGAAAACGCCAAGCCCUCGCCAAAGCCCAAAUCAGAGAAUCUGGUGAAAAUGGAGAUGAUUCUCCACCAGAACAAGAUGAUGAUGAAGAGGAAAGGAAGGCUGAGGAAGAAAGACGGCGCCUAGAUCAGGAGUGGCUGGAGAGGGAGAGGCUGGCCCAGCAGGAAUUCAGACUCCGGUGGGAGAGGGAAGACGCUGCAAGGAAGAGACAGGAGGAAGAGGAGGCGAGGAUAAAGCAGGAAUGGGAGGCCCAGCAGAGGAGAGAGGAAGAGGAGAAGGAGCAGAAGAAACAGGAGAAGAGAGACAGAGAGGAAGCUGUACAGAAAAUGUUGGACCAGGCUGAGAGUCAGCUGGAGAAUGGGGGUCCCUGGAGAAACCCUGAGGCUCCAGAUUUCGGUACGGAGCAAGACCGGGCUAACUGUCCCUUCUUCCUCAAAACUGGAGCCUGCCGCUUCGGCGACAGGUGCUCUCGUAAGCAUGUCCACCCCCCGUCCAGCCCUACUCUGAUGAUCCGGGGGAUGUUUGCGACUUUCGGGAUGGACCAGAGGUCACGGGACGACUACGAUACAGACGCCUGUCUGGAGCACAGCGAGGAGGAGGUACAACAGCAGUUUGUGGAUUUCUACGAGGAUGUACUUCCUGAGUUCAGGACUGCUGGCAAGGUGGUGCAGUUUAAGGUCAGCUGCAACUUUGAGCCACAUUUGAGAGGAAAUGUUUAUGUCCAGUUUGACACAGAGGAGCAGUGCAGAGAGGCCUUCGUGAUGUUCAAUGGAAGAUGGUACGCUGGUAAACAGCUCCAGUGUGAGUUCUCUCCUGUCACCAGAUGGAAGACUGCUAUAUGUGGUUUGUUCGACCGACAGAAGUGUCCGAAAGGAAAGCACUGCAACUUUCUGCACGUGUACCGUAACCCUGGAAAUGAGUUCUGGGAGGCGGACAGGGACCUGCACAUGUCCCCCGACCGGGAGGAGGAGGUCACAGAGCCGACGGGGGAGAGGAGCAGGAGGAGUAGGAGCAGGGAGAGCAGAAUAGCCCAAAGGAGAGAUAGUCUUCAGAGUGACAGGUCUUGGACCAGUCGUAGCAGCACAAGACCCAGGUCGAGGAGUAGGGACAGAGACCGGCGGGAUGGGAGCAGAGAUAGGAGGGACAGAGACCGGCGGGAUGGGAGCAGAGAUGGGAGGGACAGAGGCAGGAGCAGGGACAGAGAUGGGAGGGACAGAGGCAGGAGCAGGGACAGAGAUGGGAGGGACAGAGGCAGGAGCAGGGACCGAGACCGGCAGGAUGGGAGCAGAGACCGAGAUGGGGGCAAGAGAGAGGGGUGGAGGGGUUCACCCACAGAGGCUAGUAGGGGGAGAUCCAGAUCAGCCAGCCCUGGGGAGUCCUCUAAGAGGAAGAGACAGGGGAGCAGGAGCCCUGGAGAGUCCUCUAAGAGGAAGAGACUUGGGAGCAGGAGCCCUGGAGAGGCCUCUAAGAGGAAGAGACAGGGGAGCAGGAGCCCUGGAGAGGCCUCUAAGAGGAAGAGACUUGGGAGCAGGAGCCCUGGAGAGGCCUCUAAGAGGAAGAGACAGGGGAGCAGGAGCCCUGGAGAGGCCUCUAAGAGGAAGAGACAGGGGAGCAGGAGCCCUGGGAAAACAUCCCAAAAAGACAAGCAGCCAGCCAACGACAGCAGCGACACAGCUCCAUCACGCCACAAACACUCCAAAAAAAGGAAAAAGAAGAAGAGCAAGAGGAGGAAACCCAAGAGGGACAAAAAGAGCCAGUCGGCUGGGGGUCAGAGUUCAUCUGCAGAGUCAGGGAAGGAGUCUUGGGACGAGGAGAAACCCUCUCCAAACCUUGUAGACAGCAGUACACGGACUCCUCAUGAGGUAGACAACACUACCCAGGAGACUGUGGAUGUAGACAACACGACCCAGGAGACUGUGGAUGUAGACAACACUACCCAGGAGACUGCUAGGGUAAAUACCAUACUUAGUCUCAUGUUGUCUGAGUCUCUUGUGAAUGCCAAUGCAGUCACUUCAGACAUACAGACCCAGGUCAAGGAGGAGCCUGAGGAUCCCUGUCCACCUAUUGUCCCCUCUCCUAGCCCUGGGGAUGUGGACAUCGCUCAGCCUCCUGGGGCCACUGACAACAGUACUCCUGAGGCAAACACACUCUCCCCAGACCUCCAUAGUAUCUUCCUCAAGCGGGAGUAUCCCUCUCUACCCAGUGUGCCUGAAGAGGAAUGUGAACAGGAUGGACCUGAGACGCUGCCUGAUUCCCCUGACUGCUAUGACCCAUAG